UAUUGACGACGGUGGAAGGUGGUAGAAGGAGCACCACUUUCCCUUGAGAAGACUAGGGAGACGGCGCAUCGGAGAAAGACGGAGGAAGAACGGGAGAGAGUGAGCGAAUGAGCCGAUCGGUCGCAGUCUUCCGUCGAGAGUAAAGUGUGUCGAGGUCUUUUCACGGACAGUUGUCGUGGCCGUGUCGGUCCGUUUGUCCGUCUGUGUCCUGUGCAGCCGCGAUUGCUUCCUUCUUUUACCGAUUUCUUCUCUCUCCUCGUUUCUUUUUCUCUUUUACUGCCGGUCGUGCCCUCUCUCCUGUCACAAUUGUCACUCUCGUUCUCUCUUUCUCUCUCGCCGCUCUCGACGCACCAUGCAUAACUUGCCGGCGCUCUCGCGCGACAAUUCUUAUCUAAAAUAGUUCGGCGCCGCGUCUCUCGUGCCCCGGGUGUCACGGAUGCCGUCCGCGACGUUGUGACAAAAACAAAACGCUGGGGAUGUCCGCGGGAUAAGUCUUUUUUUCCCCUCUUCCUUUCGAACGGAGAUGUCUUCGUCAGCGAUCCUGAGCUUGUGCAUAAUAUGGAAUUUAUUUGCCGGUUGCAUCUCGUACACCGAAGAAGUCGUACAUUACCGCACUUAUCCAUACGGAUACAGAAACUCGCCGACGAGAGAAUGGUUGCACGCCUGGGAUGCCGGACCAAGCAGAUCGGACAGAUCAGUGUAUGCCCGCAGGGAUACCCAGGUGCGCCCUUAUACAAAACUGGUGAAGGUGGAGCACGAGCAGAGCGAUCCUUUGGCAACCAUCAGCGAGACCUUGGGCGCCCUGAACACCGUGGGCAAUUAUAUUGUGAAUAUGACGAGGGGCGUCGAGAUCUCGGAUUAUCCGCCAAAGGAGUUGCCCUCGGCGUUGUACACCAUCUCCAAAAAUAUUCUAGGUCGCAACGUGACGGACAGCAUAGCGCCCUUAGUGCGCGGUGUUGCAUUGCCACUAAGACAAACGAUCGCAUCCUCCACUACACAGGCACCGUCAAUCCAGCAACAGCCCGCAGAAGAGCUUGUGAAUAGGGACAAAGAAUCCGCUCUGUCUGUGUGCACCACGGCCGGAGGUGGACCUGGAAAAUGCCAGGACCUCAGCAAUUGUCCACAAUUACUGCUCGACCUCAACAAGCUGAGGCUCUCGUUCUGCUUCAAGAGUCUGAUUGUGCCAGGAGUUUGCUGCCCGGUGGACAAAAUCAGCAAUCCCUCGAUUCCCGUUACCGCGCCCUCCGGGAUCGACGUUGAACAUCCUUCACGACCGACAAUUCGACCUACAAAGGCUCCCACACCACGCCCGAUACCACUAUAUCCGGUUCCAACAUCCUCGACGACGAGACCCACGUAUGCACCAUCGCCGGAAUCGUUGGUCAAUAGUACGAGUGGCUUUGAAGCAAUAGCGACAAUCGACAACAAUUUCAUUCAAGACGACGAGGAGUGCGGAGUGAGAAAUGCGGGUAAAUACCGAGUGGUCGGAGGCGAAGAAGCGCUACCCGGGCGUUGGCCCUGGAUGGCGGCGAUUUUCCUUCACGGUUCCCGGCGAACGGAGUUUUGGUGCGGGGGAUCGUUGAUAGGGCCACGCCACAUCCUCACUGCUGCCCAUUGCACCCGAGAUCAGCGACAACGGCCCUUCGCCGCCCGCCAGUUCACCGUACGUCUCGGCGACAUCGAUCUCGAGAGGGAUGACGAGCCCUCGUCGCCAGAGACCUACGCAGUGAAGGAGAUUCACGCGCAUCCGAAAUUCUCACGGGUCGGUUUUUACAACGACAUCGCCGUCCUCGAGCUCGUCAGACCCGUAAGAAAGUCGCCGUACGUGAUACCCAUUUGCCUGCCGCAGGCGCGGUAUCGUGGGUAUCCGUUCGCUGGCGCCAGACCGACAGUGGUCGGCUGGGGUACCACUUAUUACGGUGGGAAGGAGAGCACCGUUCAACGGCAAGCGGUUCUGCCGGUGUGGAGGAACGAGGACUGCAACGCGGCUUACUUUCAACCGAUCACCAGCAACUUUUUGUGCGCCGGUUACAGCCAGGGCGGCAAGGACGCGUGUCAAGGUGAUUCGGGUGGGCCGCUGAUGCUGAAAGUCGAGGGUCGAUGGACACAGAUCGGCAUCGUCUCGUUUGGCAACAAGUGCGGCGAACCUGGCUAUCCUGGUGUGUACACGCGCGUCUCCGAAUACGUUGACUAUAUUAAAAGUAACAUGAAGUAAUGACGGAGCCAUGCGGCGGAAUUCAUACGUGCUCCUAAAAAAUGACAUGCAUAAAUACAGACUGAUAUAUUCUGUUUAGAAAACAAAGAAACCGAUAAUAUAUCAAUAUAUUUCCUAUAAAAUUGAUUUUCGAUUUUAUCACGCAUAUUUUCUGUAAGAAAUAGGCAAAAUAUGUAUUCAUUUCUGUAAAGUUGAAUACUAAACUCUCAAAAUUAGGAAUCGAUAUAUUUAAUUUUUCAUUUUAAUUGUUUGUAGAUUUAUUUUAAAAGAGUACUUAAAGAAAGUUGUGAUUUCGGCGUUUAAUAUCAAUUGUGCCAAGGUACUUUAAUAUUUGCAAUUUGUUAAUAUGUGUUUUUUUUAUAAUUUUGAAAAUAUAUUAAUAUAACACACGUCUCGUGUAUAAAUACAUUCUUCUAUUAAGCUAUAAUGAAUCAUUACGAUUUUAAGAGAUGUCAAAAAAAUGUAACACGCAUUGAACGUUUAUUUCAUCAUUUUUACAAUAUUUUAUUGCAUUUAUAAAUGUACAGCAUAUUCCCUAAGUAAGCAUAGAAAUAUCUAUUGCAUGUUUUUGUGGAAACAUACGAAUGUGGUCAUAUGUAUAUUUAUUGAAUACAUAUAAAUUUAUAAAUAAAUUAUUAUCAUUGCAUA